AUGAAUGUUCAGCUAGAGAUAGUUCUUACAAUUUCAAACAGUGACAUUAAUGCUUACAUACAACAAGCAGCGGCAGGAGCGGAUGCUGAGGAAGUAAAAUUGACUUUACAAAAAAUUGAGUGGAUUGUGCCGUAUGUAACGCUUUCAGACAAGGAGAAAAUUCAAGCAUUAAAUUAUAUUACCAGUGAUCCAGCUAUCUUAAUUAGUUUUCGAACCUGGGAAUUGUAUGAGUAUCCGCUGUUACCAGCAACCUCAAGACACAUUUGGGCUGUCAAAACAUCAACACAACUGGAGAAGCCACGUUACGUCAUCCUCGGAUUUCAGACAGCAAGAAAUGUCGACGCAAGGAAGAACGCAAGUCGAUUUGAUCACUGUGCGCUUCGGAACGUAAAGUUAUUCUUGAACUCACAGAGUUAUCCGUACGGGGAUCUUAAUUUGGACAUAAACGACAAUCAGUAUGCUCUAUUGUAUAAUAUGAACACUGAUUUUCAAUCUUCAUACCACAAUAAAGUGCCUGAGCCACUGUUGACAAAGCGGGAAUUUCUGCAAGAAGCUCCGCUCUGUGUUAUAGACUGCUCUAAACAGAAUGAGGCUAUUAAAUCUGGACCAGUAGACAUUCGAUUGGAGUUUGAAUCCACAAAUCAAUUUCCACAAAACACAACGGCUUGUUGUUUAAUCAUUCACGAUCGUAUAGUUGAGUAUAAUUCCAUCAGCAGCACUGUACGGAAAUUGACUUGA